AUGAAGACGCCUACUACCUCACACUCUUCGUGGAUACCAGAUCAAUCUAUUCUAGCUAUUGCGACUAUAGCAAUCAGUCCCUCAAAGCUCAGCACCGUUACGUGGGAGGAUGCCUGCAUUAUUUCACGCGACUAUGCCGUCAAGGGGAUCGAAACGAUCACACAGCUGCCACGCCAUGGGAAAACUCAGCCACUACGAUUCAUUUCUAUGAGUGGAUCUAAUGCGGUGCGAGACCAAACCAAGAAACCGCUGUUGAUGGGGGACUAUCUUCUCAUGCGGGGAGACGCCGAGACAAAAAUCCUCAACUAUGCUACAGCAUCCAAUGGUACCGUCGAGGCACAGGUGACGAAAACCGGCAUCAUCGAGGAUCCAGCGCAGCUGAGCGCCGUAUCCAAGUUGGGCAGGGCUUUUUUACGUUCUCUCGUCGGUUUACCCAAGAUCAACGUGGAAGCUUAUCGCCGCCGCGCUUCUAGACCAGGCUAUCAACGGAUUUGA